UGCGACCACCAAAAGGAGACGAACAUGACGACGCCGGCCAAGAUCGAGGGCGCGGUGCCCAAGAAGGUGUACAUGCACUACGACGAAGGCAGCGAGGCGCAGACGUUGACGCUUAAGAUGACGCUGCCGUCCAAAUGGGCUGGACACACUGUCGAUUACCUGAAAGAGUUCUUCGUGGAGCACUACAACAACAAGAAGCCCGACAACGUGCUGGACGCCACCCAGGUGCACCUGGAGAAGAAGAACAACGCGGUGCUCUUCGGUGACGAACUGCUGCACACAGCCGUGCAGAAGUACGACGACCUGUUCCUCAAGGCCGGCGCCUCCACUCUCAAACCGGUGCGCGUCCAGAAGAGCGCUGCAGCCGCCACCUCAGACAAGAAGUACUUGCAGUGCAAGAACCACGGUUGCCAGAAGAAAUUCCUGGAGGAGGAGAACAACGACCAGGCGUGCCGUCACCACAGUCUGCCGCCGCUCUUCCAUGACAUGAAGAAGGGCUGGCAGUGCUGCUCGUCCAAGAUGGUGUACGACUGGGACGACUUUGAGAAGAUCGAGCCGUGCAUCAUCGGUCGUCACUCGAAGGUGGGGCCUAACGAGCAAUUCGCAGCGUCACCCACCGUGGCGGCGGCUGAGAAUGCGGCGGCCAACUCUACGAGCGCUGCUGCUCCGCCAACGGCUCCGCUCAAGUCGAUUGAAGACUACAACCAGAAGAACCCGAACGCUGUGACUGCUGUCUCCGCCGCUAAGGACAGUCAGACGGCUCCACCUCCGAAGCGGACGGACGGCAAGGCGAACUGCGUCAACUACGGCUGUCAGCAAGAGUACGUAGUGGCCGAGAACACCGAGACGUCGUGCAGACACCACGCCGGCGCGCCCGUCUUCCACGACGCCAGCAAGUACUGGAGCUGCUGCCCGAAGGACGUCAAGUACGACUUCGAUUCGUUCCUCAAGGUUCCUGGAUGUGUCGUGUCAGCGCAUACGGACAUCAAAACGGCAUAGAUGGGGUAGAGACAGCUGACCAAUGCAGUGCGUUGGCUGUUUGGAGACCCCAAGUUCCUACAACAUGGUGAUUUCCAGCGUAUAUUGUGGUGGUGUGUGCUUACGUUUACUGUGCUAGUAGAACUCUUCAUCUACGCGGUUGAUUUCGUCCCGGACUCGGUUGAUCUCGGCCAGGUGUUUCUCUUUAAGAUGCAGAACUUCUGCGAUACGAGCACGAUUGCGAGUCCAUUCCUGUUCCUUUGCACCUUUGACAAUCUCUGCUAUCUUCACAAGGCUCUGUUCACGCAUGGCAUCUUCCUGAGCCAGCAGCUUCCCAAUGUGAAUAUCGUGAGACCCGUUGAUGGCAUUGUUUAGCGCGUCUCGGUCGUUCAGGAUGGCGCGACACUCGUCAGUCAAGUAAUCGUCGUCCUCUCCGUCGUCUGACGCCAUUCUCUCGAGCAAAGCGACCGCUAGUUGGCUUACGUUUUCAAAGAAAUUAUUCUCCAGAACUUCGAUAGUCCUGAAGUGUUCGGUGGCGAUAUCUCUGGCCUCGGAGCCCACCGCAUCGAUGGAGCUCUCCAUUGCAGCAAUCAAUUCCUGCGCUGUCUCCACGACGUCAGACUCGAGAUUCAUGAGCUCGUUGUGCAGCUUAUCACUGGAAACAUCGGCGUCAUGAAGAAGCUGCAGACCCGCAGCAGAUCCCGACCCGUCAGCGUCUGAUACUGCAGCACUAUGGGCAGCAUUGGCUUGCUUCAGAAGCUGUUUGGCUGUGCGACAGUGGGUCUCCACAGCUCGAAUACUGGCCUCUUGGGCGUCGGCCUGAAGUUUCUCGUACGUCGCCUUGAAUCCAUCGACCUCCUUGGUCAAAUUCGCGUGCUUGUCCAGUAGAACGAGCUUGACGUCUUCUGCUGCUGCCUUGGCCUUCUCAGUGUAGUCGUCGAUGAUGUUGCGUAGGCCUGGCAAAACCUCGAUUUUACUCAUCUCGGUGUCUUCCUUGAACAUGUCUGUUAACAAGGUCUAGAUGACAGCAAAAGGGGGUGAAAGUUUAGUACCAAAAUGUCAUGACUACAAGUAGCUUACCUCGAGAAUGAUCACGUUUGCGUCCUUGAGCAUGCUCAAGUAUUUUUGUUGCUCUACUUCUCUAGCCAGAGCUGCGUCCUCGAUGGCCUUCACUUCUUUGAGCUCUUCCAACUCGUCCUGGUAUUGUUCGCGUGCUUGUACAGUUUCAUUAUCGUCUACAAGCGCGUAGUCGAGAUAUUUGAGCUUGUCUAAAUGAGCAAGUAAGAAUCUGGAUGAAUUUCAGAAUGUAAAUUUUUAAAUCGAAAGAG